AACUCACCUCCAAUGUGAAUCCCAUCAUUACCGAUCUCACUAUCAUUGCUGGCCAGCAGAGGAAACACGCCAAGGGCAUCGCCGAUGCCAUUUGCAACCGGAUUCUUGAGGUGCCUGCUGAUAAAAAACUUCCUUCUCUCUAUCUUCUGGACAGCAUUGUGAAGAAUUUUGGCCAGGAAUAUGUUAAAUACUUCUCUUUACGUCUACCUCAAGUUUACUGUGAGGCAUACAGACAGGUCCAGCCUAAUCUACAUUCUGUUCUGCAACGUCUCAUUGGUACCUGGUCAAAGAUCUUUCCUCCCUCUGUCCUAAGUAAUAUUGAAGCUCAAUUGCAAUCUUUACCAGCAAUUAAUAAUCAACAACCCUUUGCUAAUCACUUUGGGGAAUAUGAUUUUCAUGGACCGAUUCUUGGAGCACAUGUUAUUAAACCACAAUCCUUGCAGCAGAUGGAACACUAUAGUUCAAUUAUGGAUAUUGUUGGUGGUGAUCGGUUGGACUCAACGGGAACUGUAGGUAAUACAAGAGAAGGAGGGUUGAAUGAAUGGCAGCAAAAGAGAUUUUCUAGUGAUGGUUGGAACAUAUUCCAAACUUCCAAGACUUAUAAUCUCAAUGAUGAACAACGACGUCAAAGUCCAAGAGCUCUUAUUGAGGCAUAUGGUUGUGACAAAGGCCGUGAAAUUCCUAGUACUAAGCUUUUGUUUGUGGAGCAGCAGCCUGGCAGAAAUGGUUUAGGGAGCAAGUUUCCAUUGGCAUCAUGGCAGCACACUGAAGAAGAGGAGUUUGAUUGGAAAGAUAUGAAUCCAGGAUUAGUAGACUGUAGUAGAAACAGCAGUUCUAUGCAAUCAAGUGUUAGAUUCUCCAGGAAAAGGAAGUUAUCUAAUGAUCUAUCUAAUUCUUCACAUUACCCGUUCAAUAUGGGGGCUGCUUCCCCUGCUUUCAAUGCUCAUGCUACUCGUCCUUCCGGCUUGAAUCCAGCAUUUCCAUUGCAAAAACGUCCUAGGAGUCUGCUUGAACCAAUAAACAUUAAUAAUAACACCAAUGUGGGUCAUGGUCCAAAUAGAACUCUGUUUAUACAUGACCAGUUGCCUAAUCAACCUGGACCAAUUUCCUCUAACCUGCAAAAUCAUGGACAAGCACCUCAACUACAGUUUCUUCCACCUCAAGUUCCAUCUUCAACACAAAUUAGUCAUGGGAGCUCUUUGCAUUUACAUGGGGGAACCUUGCCACUUUACGUCCAAGCCUCCCAACUGCUCCAUCACAAAUGAUGUCUCAUCCCCAUGCCCAUGAUUCGAUGACAAGUCAACCACCACCUACAUAUCUUGAUUUGAUUAGUUCACUAGUGAAUCAUGGUGUGAUCUCGGUAACCAAUCCACCUACCGGACUGGAUUCCAUUGGGACGGAGUUCGAUCCAGAUAUCUUGAAGGUUCGUCAUGAAGGUGUAAUCAGUGCCUUAUACAGUGAUCUUCCUAGACAAUGCACGAGCUGCGGUCUCCGAUUCAAAAGGCAAGAUGAGC